AUCACAAAAAAAAACAAAGAGAUAGAGAUAUGACUGAGGAGAGCCCAGAAGAAGAUCAUGGGUCUCCUGGAGUAGCUGAAACAAAUCCAGGAAGCCCUUCUUCAAAGACCAACAACAACAACAACAACAACAAAGAACAAGACCGGUUUCUUCCCAUUGCGAAUGUCGGAAGGAUCAUGAAAAAAGUUCUUCCCGGUAACGGUAAGAUCUCAAAAGACGCUAAAGAAACCGUUCAAGAAUGUGUCUCGGAGUUCAUUAGUUUCGUCACUGGUGAAGCUUCUGACAAGUGUCAAAGAGAAAAGAGGAAGACCAUCAAUGGAGAUGAUAUCAUUUGGGCUAUCACAACUCUCGGUUUCGAAGACUACGUGGCUCCAUUAAAGGUCUACCUCUGCAAAUAUAGAGACACCGAAGGAGAGAAAGUUAACAGCCCAAAACAACAACAACAAAGACAACAACAACAGCAGAUUCAACAACAGAAUCAUCAUAAUUAUCAGUUUCAAGAACAAGACCAAAACAAUAACAACAUGUCAUGUACUAGUUACAUCUCUCAUCAUCAUCCUUCUCCAUUCCUACCAGUGGAUCAUCAACCUUUUCCCAAUAUUGCUUUCUCUCCUAAAUCAUUGCAGAAACAGUUCCCGCAGCAGCAUGAUAAUAACAUUGAUUCAAUUCACUGGUGAGAGAGACAUUUGCUUUUUUUCUUCUUUCUUUUCACAUAUUAUAUGCUUUUCUUUACCUUUUGUGAGUACAUCUUGAUGCUUAUAUAUAUUUGUUGCUAUAUAGACACUAGACACGUACAUUUUGAUAUUUUCAGUAUACCCAUGGUUUUGUGUAACAGAAAUUCGUCUUCAUAUAUUUUCCGGAUUAGUUCGUCUCGAGCAAAUAUAGCAAUCUCUCAUGAUUUACAACAGUAGAAACUAAUUCCAUGCUGCUAAUUGGAUUAGAAUACUUACCACCUACGGUUUGAGAGUUAGUGGUCUAGCUUAUAAGGUUUCCAGUAGAGAAUAGCUUAAUUGGAAGAGAAUGGUGUAUUGUUUCUCAUUCAUUUACUCAUGUUAUGAUUGAUAAAGAUGAUUGCUUGAAUUAAAGAACUUCAAAUUGUUCCUCACUCACUACUCUUAGUAUCUUGAC